AUGCUCGAGACCAGAGCCCUGGAUAUGGCCCUCGUCCCCACAAACGGCGCAGCGAGUCUGUCUGAGGAAUAUGUCUUGAUCUAUUCCGGUUCGGAAUGCAGUGGUCGACGACAAGGAAAAUAUAUCUCGUGCUUCCCACUCGUAUCCAGGAGGUGGGUUCCUUUGCAGGAGAGGAAGUGGGAUGGGGUAUCUGAGUAUCGGACUUUGGAAAAUGAAGCGCCGACUGACACGACGGCCGGACCGCUUCUGACAGUGCACGACGACGACGACGACCCAAGUACCAUGGAAUACAGACAUGAGCCCCAGCACGACGAGGUCAAUCUGAUACGCCUACUACGAAGAUUGGAGAAGUCGGUGGCCGAUCCAGAAGAAUGGCGAUCAAACGCUCUGCAAACGGAGGCGGAGGUCUGGCUAAAGAGCCAGAAGACUUCCCAGAAAGUUAAAUAUGCGCGAAAGCUGAUCAAGAACAUCGGAUUCGACGACCUGGAGCCAUCGCCGAAUCGUAUAAAGAAAUUGAACGACAUGAAGAUCAGACUGGACCGCGUAGAUACCUUUCUGAAAGAGGUGCAAAAGUCAUCUAAACCCUCCCCACCCAAACGGACGUCUCUUCUUGCCAGUCUUCCCAUACCAGAGCCACCGGAAGAGAAGGAAACUGCACCUGCACAUCGACCGCCUCCUGACACACAAUCCUCACCGACAGAACCGUCCAUUUCAACUGCAGGCCUGACCAUCACCCCUCCAGACCCCGAAGGGAUAUCACCAAGCCUCAUCACCGCCGCCCUCCCCUCUCUACUUCCUCUGAGCGCCGCAGAAGCAGCCUCCACCUCCGCUUUCUCUCGUGGCUUCGGCCCAACACCCACCGCGCGCAAGGUGACAGGCGGUGGCGGCGGCGGUGCGACGUCGAUGGUGAUCCAGGAGGAGCUAUCGUCGCAGCUCGAGCUCAUGGCGCAGCAGCUCAAGCGGAACGCGAUCCACUUCUCCACGUCACUCGCGAAUGAUAAGGCAGUGGUGGAGGCCGCGCAGGAGAAGCUUGAGAGCAACUACGACGCGAUGCAGAGCCAGCGGACGAAGCUGAAGAGCCACAGCUCGAAGAGCAGUUCGACGACGUGGCUUGUGACUGGGAUCAUCCUCGUGGUGGUGCUGCUGUUUAUGCUCAUGGUCUCCGUGAUCAGGUUCUCGUAG